CUGCCCCGGAUGCGGAAGAGCGAACCUAGCUGCUCGAUCGGCGUGGUCCGAGUGCGCGAACGUUUGUGUGUCCCUCCCAAGUUCUCCAGUUUCUGCGGAAAGAGUGGGAAGAAAGUGGGCAGAUUUGAACAUACCUCUUUUCCAGCUGGUCUGAUCAUCAUGAUGAAGUUUAGACACAAAAAUAAACCUUGUAAAGGUUCCAAAGGCUGUAAAAAGCCUGCAAAGCAAAAUGGGAAGAAAGCCACCUCCGGACCAUCUUGUGCGCCCCAGUUUGUUAACUGCAAUAAUCAUGCCAGUCGGGAAGCUGAAUUAAAGAAAAAGAGGGUUGCGGAGAUGAGAGAGAAGCAGCAAAUUGCCCGGGAGCAAGAGAAACAGAGACACAGGACCAUCGAGAGCUAUUGUCAGGAUGUUCUGAAACGCCAGGCAGAGUUUGAACACAAGGAGGAAGUUUUACAGGAAUUAAAUAUGUUCCCUCAGCUGGAUGACAAAGCCACAAGGAAGGCUUAUUACAAGGAGUUCCGUAAGGUGGUAGAAUAUGCUGAUGUGAUUUUGGAAGUCUUGGAUGCCAGAGACCCAUUGGGCUGCCGCUGUUUCCAAAUGGAGGAGGCUGUCCUGCGAGCAGAAGGCAGCAAGAAACUGGUCCUGGUCUUAAACAAGAUUGACCUGGUUCCCAAGGAAGUUGUCAAGAAGUGGUUGGAAUACCUUCGCAAUGAGCUGCCAACUGUGGCCUUCAAAGCUAGUACCCAGCAUCAGGUCAAAAAUCUGAAUCGGUGUAGUGUUCCGGUUGAGCAUGCCCCUGAGUUGCUGCUAAAAAGCAAAGCCUGCUUUGGAGCUGAAAACCUUAUGAGAAUUCUGGGGAAUUAUUGCCAUCUGGGUGAAGUUCGCACCCAUAUUCGCGUUGGUGUUGUAGGCCUUCCCAAUGUGGGGAAGAGCAGUCUGAUCAACAGCCUGAAGCGCAGCCGUGCGUGCAAUGUUGGAGCUGUUCCUGGGGUCACCAAAUUCAUGCAGGAGAUUUGCCUAGACAAGUACAUCAGACUGCUGGAUGCUCCAGGCAUUGUCCCAGGACCCAGUUCAGAGGUGGGUACCAUCCUGAGCAACUGUGUUGAUGUGCAGAAGCUGGCAGACCCUGUGACCCCAGUGGAGACUAUUUUGCAGCGCUGCAACUUGGAAGAGAUUUCAAACUACUAUGGUGUGUCGGGCUUCCAGACUACCGAGCAUUUUCUGACUGCAGUGGCCCAUCGCUUGGGGAAGAAGAAGAAGGGAGGCAUUUACAGUCAAGAGCAGGCUGCCAAGGCUGUCCUGGCUGACUGGGUGAGUGGGAAGAUCAGCUUCUAUAUACCACCACCACCUACCCACACUCUGCCCACCCAUCUUAGUGCUGAAAUUGUUAAGGAGAUGACUGAGGUCUUUGACAUUGAGGAUACUGAGCAGGCCAAUGAAGACACCAUGGAAUGCUUGGCCAUGGGAGAAUCGGAUGAGCUGUUAGAUGACCUGAACCCAAGUGAAAUGGAGGUCAAGUUGCUUCCUUCUCCAAAGGUGAAAACAACAGAUACCACGGAAAAUAAAACCACCAAAAAUAAGAUUGGAGACAUCAGAUUGGAGACCAGCACAAACCACAUUCAGGUGGGGUGGGCUAAACGCAGUGUCGACCACCAUUGUCCCCCAAACAAUGGCAUAGUGAAUGUCACUUCAGUGGACCGCCGCCCGAUGCUACAGAAGAUCAUGGAGACUGACCCCCUCCAGCAGGGCCAGGCGCUGGCAUCUGCCUUGAAGAAUAAAAAGAAACUACAAAAGCGUUCAGAUAAAAUUGCCACCAAGCUGUCCGAUUCCAUGAUGUCUGUCCUCGACCUCUCUGGCAACAGUGAUGGCUGUGUUGGUGACUGAUCAGCUGACCACUCUCACCUUGCUCUCCAGGCACUGCACUGUUCCUGUGGAAUACAGUACAGAUGGAGAACACAUCCAAUGCCGUGCAUCUCCUACCACCCCUCAGUCCUCCACUCUCUGCAGUUAAAGAAUUAGUUCCUCCUCUCCCCAAAACAGAGCCCAAGGUUCUAGAGCUACCAAACUUAAUACCAUUUAUUUAAUCCUUACUCUUUUUGAGGGGAUGAGGUAGGGUCUCCCUCUAGCAAAGGCUGACCUGGAAUUCACUGUAGUCUUAGGAUGGCACUGAGCUCACUGCACUCCUCCUACCUCUGCCUUCUGAAUGCUGGGAUUAAAGGUGUGUGCCAC